CGGGGUGCCCUUCAGGAAGUCUAUAAUCAACUGUCUUUCGAUAAUGUGAGAAACCCAGACAAAUUUCUUGAAUAUUCUAAUAUCAUCAUACUUAUGACUGAUGGAAAACAUAAUAUGGGUGGAGACCCAUCUGUGGAAGUAAACAAGAUCAGAGAGUUUCUGGAUAUCAGGAAGAACCAUCGUGAAGAUAAACUGGAUAUUUAUGUGUUCGGCCUAGGUGAUGAUAUCAGCCAGGAUGAGCUCAAUGAUAUUGCCUCCAAAAAGGAUAAAGAGAAACACGUCUUCCAGAUGAAAGAUAUAAAUAAACUGAAGGAG